CGGCGCGAGCGGGCGGCGAAACUGCAGUGUCUCCUGGACGCGCGUGGAGGUCGGUCGCUCGGAGCUGCUGGGCGCAGUUUCUCCUGCUACUGUGCCAGCGAGCGAGCAAGUCCCCGCGAACCUUCAGUGGCCCUCCGCACUGCUCUCAGCUUCCGUGGACUGGCCCCUCGUCCUCCCGCCAGAUCGUUCCCCCAUCUCUGCGGUCUCGAGGUGUUUUCUGUUGGGCCGAUUCCCGCCCGCUUCCUCCUGUUCCCGAUCGAAACGCCAGAGAUGAAUUUUUCUAUCUCUAAAGAGAAAAACCAGAUUAUGAUGCAUGAUUAUCACAGAAGAAAUUCAUGUCUAUAGCUCUUAAGGAGUUGAUUACAUCAUUUUCAAGCCUGAUCGUUUUGGAAUCACCAUUAGAGUUUAAGACCCAUCUGCCUUCUCUUCAAUCACCUAUCUUCUUACCACAACCACGUGCUGCGUUUUAACACUCCUGUGCCCUUGGACUAUUUACGACUUCCCAGAAAUACAUUUCUCACCAUUAUAGUAGCCAAAUUUACAAGGAAAAAUGAUUCCCAACGGAUAUUUAAUGUUCGAAGAUGAAAAUUUUAUUGAGUCCUCCGUCGCCAAAUUAAAUGCCCUGAGGAAAAGUGGCCAAUUCUGUGAUGUUCGACUUCAGGUCUGUGGACAUGAGAUGUUAGCGCACAGAGCAGUCCUGGCUUGCUGCAGCCCCUAUUUAUUUGAAAUUUUUAAUACUGAUAGUGAUCCUCAUGGAGUUUCUCAUGUUAAAUUCGAUGAUCUCAACCCAGAAGCUGUUGAAGUCUUACUGAAUUAUGCCUAUACUGCUCAGUUGAAAGCUGAUAAGGAAUUAGUAAAAGAUGUUUAUUCUGCAGCAAAAAAGCUGAAGAUGGACCGAGUAAAGCAGGUUUGUGGCGAUUACUUACUAUCUAGAAUGGAUGUUACCAGCUGCAUCUCUUACCGAAAUUUUGCAAGUUGUAUGGGAGAUUCCCGUUUGUUGAAUAAGGUUGAUUCCUAUAUUCAGGAACAUUUGUUACAAAUUUCAGAAGAGGAAGAGUUUCUUAAACUUCCAAGGCUAAAGUUGGAGGUAAUGCUUGAAGAUAAUGUUUGCUUGCCCAGCAAUGGCAAAUUGUAUACAAAGGUAAUCAACUGGGUACAGCGUAGCAUCUGGGAGAAUGGAGACAGUCUGGAAGAGCUGAUGGAAGAGGUUCAAACCUUGUACUACUCAGCUGAUCACAAGCUGCUUGAUGGGAAUCUACUAGAUGGACAGGCUGAGGUGUUUGGCAGUGAUGAUGACCACAUUCAGUUUGUGCAGAAAAAGCCACCACGUGAGAAUGGCCAUAAGCAGAUAAGUAGCAGUUCUACUGGAUGUCUCUCUUCUCCAAAUGCUACAGUACAAAGCCCUAAGCAUGAGUGGAAAAUCGUUGCUUCGGAAAAGACUUCAAAUAAUACUUACUUGUGCCUGGCUGUGCUGGAUGGUAUAUUCUGUGUAAUUUUCCUUCAUGGGCGAAACAGUCCACAGAGCUCACCGACAAGUACACCAAGACUAAUUAAGAGUUUAAGCUUUGAAAUGCAACCAGAUGAACCAAUAGAAAAGCCCAUGUCUCCUAUGCAGUAUGCACGAUCUGGUCUGGGAACAGCAGAGAUGAAUGGCAGACUCAUAGCUGCAGGUGGCUAUAACAGAGAGGAAUGUCUUCGAACAGUUGAAUGCUAUGAUCCGCAUACGGAUCACUGGUCCUUUCUUGCUCCCAUGAGAACACCAAGAGCCCGAUUUCAAAUGGCCGUACUCAUGGGCCAGCUCUACGUGGUAGGUGGAUCAAAUGGCCAUUCAGAUGACCUGAGUUGUGGAGAGAUGUAUGAUCCAAACAUAGAUGACUGGAUUCCUGUUCCAGAAUUGAGGACUAACCGUUGUAAUGCAGGAGUGUGUGCUCUGAAGGGGAAAUUAUACAUUGUUGGUGGCUCUGAUCCAUAUGGUCAAAAAGGACUGAAAAAUUGUGAUGUAUUUGAUCCUAUAACGAAGUCUUGGACAAGCUGUGCUCCUCUUAACAUCCGUAGACACCAGUCUGCAGUCUGUGAGCUUGGUGGUUAUUUGUACAUAAUAGGAGGUGCAGAGUCUUGGAAUUGUCUGAACACAGUAGAACGUUACAAUCCUGAAAAUAACACCUGGACUUUAAUUGCACCCAUGAAUGUGGCUAGGCGAGGAGCUGGAGUAGCUGUUCUUGAUGGAAAACUGUUUGUAGGUGGUGGCUUUGAUGGUUCUCACGCCAUCAGUUGUGUGGAGAUGUAUGAUCCAACUAGAAACGAAUGGAAGAUGAUGGGAAACAUGACUUCACCGAGGAGCAAUGCUGGAAUUGCAACUGUAGGGAACACCAUCUACGCAGUGGGAGGAUUUGAUGGCAAUGAAUUUCUGAAUACGGUGGAAGUCUAUAACCCCGAGUCAAAUGAGUGGAACCCCUAUACAAAGAAGUUUCAGUUUUAACAAAUUUAAGACCCUUUCAAACUAACAGGCUUAGUGAUGUAAUUGUGUUUAGUAUAGGUACACUUGUGAAUAAGGAGGGUGGGUGGGUAUAGAUGUUGCUAACAGCAACACAAAGCUUUUGCAUAUUGCAUAUUAUUAAACAUGCUGUACAUACUUUUUGUGUUUAUUUGGAAAGGAAUGCAAAGAUGAAGGUCUGUUUUCUGUAUUUUUAGAACUUCUUUGGUUACUUUUUGGAAGUUGAUAUUGUAAAAGAAUAAACCAAGAAUUGGCCACAUCAUCUGAAGAAGUCCCCUUUCCUCCACAUUUGUUUUGCCAGUUUGCACAUUAAAUGACUCUUCCCUCAAAUGUUUAUUAUGGGACAGGAAGGGGAUAGGGUUUUAAGAUGUAGGCAGUUGGGUUUCUUAAGGGCCCUUUUUCAAUAACUGGAACAAUCUGUAAAAUAGAGGUCUAUUUAACUAGAUGACCAUGACUAUUUUUGUUUAUAUUAAAAGAAAGCUGACAUGCCUACCAAUAUUUACUCUUUUAUGAUGGCUUUUUUAUAAUUUUUUUAUAUUCUCAGCAGAGUGUUUUACCUGUUGAAGUAAAACAUGACAGAUUCAAAUUAUUGACACAGAAUGACAGUCUAAGUAUGCAAAGUGGAGUGUUUCUUUUGAACACCCAGAAUGCAAACUUCUAAGCUUUUGCUCAGCUAUGGUGUUUUUUUUUUUUCUUUUUUUUAAUAAUUUAGUACUGAAGCUUAUUUGAGUGGAGUUGCUGAACAGUAACAUACCUAUGAUUUUUGGCACUUGAAACACUGAUUUUAAAUUUUUUUACUUGUUGAGGGUACAUUUAUUAUAGCAAGACAUCUAGUAGAACAGCGAAGCAUUUUAUCUUCUAAAUCUUGUUAUUUACCAUUAACAAAACUAAACGGCAGCCCUCAAUUCUGGAAAAAACUAUUGAAUUUGUAAAUGCAACCUAUAUCAGAACAAUGUUUUGUUCUGUUUUCCUAUUCAUAUGGAUAAGUAUUGGUUGGGAUGACUUGGUGUCUAAUGUGUAGUGCUACACAUCUAAUUUAUGGUGCCAAAAUUAGCACAUCCUGAUGCUUGCUGCUAAUGCAAACACAUUAAAGAUAUUUUGCAGGAAAUCCUUGCAUUGUAGGAUU